GUCUGUGGUUCUCUUGGUGGUCUGGUUUUCAUGACUUGUCCUGCUGGAGCUGGAAGAAGGUUUCUGUCAAGCUUUCAAGGAUCUUUGUGAAGUUAAAUAGGUGUGCUUUGGUAUCAUGUAUCUGAAUUUCAGGGUCUCCGGCUUUAAUGGCAUUUUACCUGGUAAUUUCAAGUUGAAUAAGGCAACGGAGCCUUUGCAUGGGCCUAAUUGUGUCAGAAAAUGGAGAAGGAAGCUUCUACUUCUCGGACUUUUAGGUUUUAUUACAAUUAUUUGGUUUUUCGUGGGUUUCAAUGAUGGUACUUUGGGGAUGAGAGAGAAGACUCCAGACAUGUCUGAAGGGAAAGCUCGGAUCCUGCAGCAGCAUUUCAAUGUCAGCAAGGACCAGCUUCUUGCUUUAGCUUCCUUAUUCUCCGAAUCAGAUCAGAUUGCAUCCCUUGAAUGUACCAAAGAACCAGCACUUGGAAUGAUGUUAAGUGAUGACAUUACCUGUGCUCUGAAGGUGCUAUGUUCAGAUAGUCAGGAGUUUCAGAAGCGUCAUAAAUGGGUCACAGAAAAUGUAGAAGCCAGGGACCAAUGCCUGGUUCAAGAUGAGAACAUCCCCAGGGAUCUUCACCUGUCAUUGCUGGAGGACAAAUCUGUAUCAUGCACUCCGAAGUCUACAAUUUCAGCUAAUAGGAUUUGUGAAAAGAAAAAUUUCGGAUCAGGGGUGCAGGUGAAGUGUGCAAAGGAUGAUUCUCAGAUGCUUUGCAUCAUGGUAAUACAAUAUUGGUGGGCUUUUGUUGGAUUGGUCUUGAUCUACAAAAUGUCUGGUUUUUCUUUGAAAUUGUGGAGGAACCAAAAACAAAAGCUCGAUCAUGAGUGGCCAUUUACUUGGCAACUGAAAAUGGUUCAAGAGCAGCCAUUGGCUCGGAGGGUGCAGCCAGAGAAACAGCAACAGCAAGCCCAAAGUCCUCCUAAGGUUGCUGGAAAGUGGAGGAAGAAUCUACUAAUAGUAUUUUUCGUAUUUGGAGUCAUUACGUCAUUUUGGUUAUUUUGGCACUUGAAUGAAAGAGAUUUUUUGUGGAGAGAAGAAACACUUGCCAACAUGUGUGAUGAACGAGCACGGAUGUUGCAGGAUCAGUUUAAUGUGAGCUUGAAUCAUGUUCAUGCUUUGGCUAUUCUUGUCUCCACCUUUCACCAUGGGAAACAUCCCUCAGCAAUUGAUCAGAAAACAUUUGGUGAAUACACAGAGAGAACAGCUUUUGAGAGACCCCUUACUAGUGGUGUUGCUUAUGCUUUAAAAGUUACUCAUGCUGAGAGGGAACAAUUUGAGAAGGAACAUGGAUGGGCAAUAAAAAAAAUGGAAACUGAGGACCAGACUCUAGUCCAAGAUUUUCUUCCAGAAAGCUUGGCCCCUGCCCCCAUUCAAGAUGAAUAUGCACCUGUGAUAUUUUCUCAAGAAACUGUCUCCCAUAUUGUCUCUAUUGACAUGAUGUCAGGAAAGGAAGACCGUGAGAACAUCUUGCGAGCAAGGGCAACUGCAAAGGGAGUACUGACUUCCCCCUUUAAGCUAUUGAAAUCCAAUCACCUCGGAGUUGUACUCACUUUCGCUGUCUAUGAUACUGAUUUGCCUCCAGAUGCCACAUCAGAGCAUCGUAGUCAAGCUACUGUGGGGUAUCUAGGUGCAUCUUAUGAUGUACCUUCACUGGUGGAGAAGCUUCUGCACCAACUUGCCAGCAAGCAAACAAUUGUUGUGAAUGUUUAUGAUACAACUAAUGCAUCUGCUCCGGUCAACAUGUAUGGUACUGAUGUUAUUGAUACUGGCCUGUUGCACAUUAGCAAUCUUGAUUUUGGUGAUCCACAACGCAAGCAUGAAAUGCACUGCAGGUUUAAGCAAAAACGUCCGUUUCCUUUGACAGCAGUAAGUGCAUCAAUGGGAGUCCUAGUCAUUACCUUGCUAGUUGGUCAUAUUUUUCAUGCGGCCAUAAGCCGAAUAGCAAAAGUGGAGGCAGACUAUUGUGAGAUGAUGGAACUCAAAGUUCGUGCAGAAGCUGCAGAUGUGGCCAAAUCUCAGUUCCUUGCAACUGUUUCCCAUGAGAUCAGGACACCAAUGAAUGGUGUUUUAGGUAUGCUCCAAAUGCUGAUGGACACUGAUCUAAAACCGAACCAACAGGAUUAUGCUGAGACUGCUCAUGCUAGUGGGAGAGAGCUGAUAUCACUGAUAAAUGAGGUUCUUGAUCAGGCCAAAAUCGAAUCAGGCAGGCUGGAACUUGAAACCGUACCUUUUGAUUUGCGUUCAGUGCUUGAUAAUGUUCUAUCACUUUUGUCUGGGAAAUCUAAUGAGAAAGGGAUUGAGUUGGCUGUGUAUGUCUCCAAUAUGGUACCUGAGGUUGUCAUCGGGGACCCUGGACGCCUUCGGCAGAUAAUUACAAAUCUUGUUGGGAAUUCAAUUAAGUUCACCCAUGACAAAGGACACAUAUUUGUCUCGGUGCAUCUGGCAGAUGAAGUGAGGGCUCCACCGGAUGUUAUGGACGAAGUUUUAAGACAAGGCUUGAAUUUAGUUGGAGACAUCUCAAACAAAACUUAUAAUACAUUGAGUGGCUUUCCCGUUGUUGAUAGAUGGAAAAGCUGGGAAUGUUUUAAAGCAUUAAGCAGCACAACAAUGGAGGAACCUGAUAUGAUCAAAUUACUAGUAACAGUUGAGGAUACUGGUGUAGGAAUUCCUCUUGAUGCACAAAGUCGCAUUUUCACACCUUUUAUGCAGGCAGAUAGCUCAACUUCUAGAACUUAUGGCGGCACUGGAAUAGGAUUGAGCAUUAGCAAACGUCUGGUAGAUCUCAUGAGUGGGGAGAUAGGAUUUGUGAGUGAACCUGGGACUGGCAGUACCUUUUCAUUUACUGGAUCUUUUGGAAAGGGAGAAAACAGUUCUCUAGAGACAAAGUGGCAACAGUAUGAACCAGCUGUCUCAGAAUUUCAAGGGCUGAGAGCAUUGGUAAUAGAUAAAAGUAUCAUCCGAACUGAGGUCACAAAAUACCAUGUGCAGAGGUUGGGGAUAUUUGUAGAUACAGCUUCCAGUCUGAAAUCAGCAUGCUCUUAUCUAUCUAAUUCUGUCAAUGCAAGUCUCUCCUCACAGUUGACCAUGGUUCUUAUUGACAAAGAUGUUUGGGAUAAAGAAACUGAUCUUACAUUCAGUCAGUCGCUUAAAGAGCACAGGCAAAGCAACAACGUGGAAUCCCUCAUAAACCUUCCGAAGAUAUUUCUCUUGGCUACAUCCAUUACACCUACUGAACGCAAGGAACUAACAUCUGCUGGUCUUGUAGAUGAAGUAUUGAUCAAGCCUCUUCGGUUAAGUGUCAUAAUUGCUUGCUUCCAAGAUGCCCUUGGAAGUCGUAAGAAGAGGCUUCUAAAUCUUAAAAAACCUACUCUGGGAAAGUUACUGAGAGAGAAGAAAAUUUUGGUGGUGGAUGACAAUGCAGUUAACAGAAGAGUGGCUGAAGGUGCUUUAAAGAAGUAUGGAGCAAUUGUCACCUGUGUGGACAGCGGAAAGGCUGCUUUAUUAAUGCUUAAGCCACCACACAAUUUUGAUGCUUGCUUUAUGGAUCUCCAAAUGCCAGAAAUGGAUGGGUUUGAAGCAACUCGGCUGAUCCGUGGUAUGGAGAGUGAGGUAAAUGAGAAACUUGCAUUCAAGGAACCAUCAAUUGAGAUGUUCGGCAACAUCCAAACUUGGCACACGCCAAUAUUGGCUAUGACGGCUGAUGUGAUUCAGGCUUCAAAUGAAGAGUGCAUGAAGUGUGGGAUGGAUGACUAUGUGUCAAAGCCAUUCGAAGAAGAACAGUUAUAUUCAGCAGUGGCACGUUUCUUUGAAUCCGGUUAAUAGAGAGCGACUCAUAUGAUUCGUGAAUGUCGUUUUUCAUGGCACCCAGCCAAGUGAUCUCUGUUUUUAUGGGAUUGAUGGCUGGAGUGUCUGCGCGCUUAGCAGCCCUGCCAUGACCUGGUUGAGAGACUAAUUCUAUCUAUAUUUUUGCUGUCUUCCAACUGCGGAAUACCGAGCAUCAGGCCAUGGACAAUGUGUUCUUGUAUGCGUGCAUACAUGGAGACUGGCUGUCAUCAGAUCAAUAUUUACGAUCUUCUGCCAAGCAAAAGAAGAUAGCUGAUGGCCUCCUGUACAUAACCCUCUGCUCUUUGUUUGUAGAUUAGUGCCUUCCACUUUGUCCUUGAAUUUUUUCCUCACUAAUUUGUACAUUCUCCAUUGAGUAGGUGUAGGUUGGCCAGAAACAAAAAUGUUAUAAUGCCAAAACCAACCAUUUUUUUAUACCUCUGAUGAGUUGAUGAUGGCUGCUUUGACAUUAUUUCAUUACAUUUCUCGUCGACACAUUGAGGGAGAUAGAACAAAACACGAAAGAUGGUGAUAAUCGGAGUUAGAGAACUUGUGUACCUAAGAGUUAGUCUGGCAUUGUGGCAGCAUGUUUUUGUUGAAAUUCUUUCUAGGACAUUACUGUUGAUAUUAUGUAAUGAAGAUAAUGUUGUAGGGGUAUCUUCAGUGUACACUAAAUGUAACAUAUUCUUUUACUAUCAGUAUCAGUGAAUGCAGAGUUGCUUGCUCGGUUGAUAUUGUCAGUAA